CAUAUAUUGUAAUGUGAUACUCUUUGUGGUGUUUUACCGUAACAAUUCACAAUAAUUGAACCUUCAUUGAAGCUGAAUUCUAUAUAACCCACACGUCAUUACUAGAGUAACGCCAUCUUACCGCGUCGUUUAGCUGUCAAAGUGUGUUCAAAAUAACUGAACUAAAGCGAUUCAAGCACGCAUUUAUGUGGAAACUGUUAGUUGCGUAUCGAAUGUAUUGUGAAAGUUAAAACAAAAAAACUUUAAAAAAGAUCAAAAUGAAAACAUGCACAGCGCGUACACCAUUGCGUUGCAUUCCGAAAACCCCAAGGAGUCGCGCACAACAAACGGAACAGAUGAUAAACUCCGCGAAUAAAAUUAAAGAUCCUGUAAAUGUGUUUUGUAGAGUGCGUCCACUGCAAUCAAGUGCGGAUCUAUCAAGUAUUCGUGUUAAAAAUAGUACGACCGUUGUAUUAACACCACCUGACCAAAUAUUGCACAAACAAGGAGCGCAGCGUGAAAUGCAAUACAUAUUUAAGCAUGUAUUCGAACCAGAAGCCAAUCAAAAUGACGUUUUUGCUGCAGUUGCACAGCCGUUAGUGGAGAAUUUAAUUAAAGGGCGGAAUAGUUUAUUAUUUACUUACGGCGUUACAGGCAGUGGAAAGACAUAUACAAUGACUGGCGACUCACGCCACCGUGGUGUUAUGCCACGUUGUCUUGACACGCUAUUUAAAACUAUAGCAGAUUAUCAAACUAAAAAAUAUAUUUUUAAGCCAGAUCGUUUAAAUGGUUUUGAAAUUUUGUCGGAGGCAGAUGCGCUACUCGAACGUCAAGCUGAAAUGAAUAAACGAUUUGCCAGUAAUCGCGGUGGCAUACGUCGUAAAGAUUCAGACCCUGAAAUUGCAUCGCAAGCAUCGUGUGACGUGCCUCCCAUACAAGGAAUCGAUGAAGACAAUAUGUAUUCAAUAUUUAUAACAUACGUAGAAAUAUAUAAUAAUAGCGUGUACGAUUUGUUGGAAGAGGGUGGCAUUCAGAAGUAA